AUGAACGGAUCAACCGAGAUCGAAGCCGGACCAAGCAGGUCGACAUCACAUCCUCACAGUCACACCCAUCUAUCUUCUUCAUCAUCUGGUCGACGACUGAGUAAUUCAACCCCACACCAUACAACAAGCACAUCAACAUCACAAUCACGAAGCUCUUCUCACUCUCAUCGUAGACAUUCUUCCUCUAUCCCGAACGGAUCUACUUCCACAUCCACAUCCACCUCUACCAUACCAUAUUCCUCAACGGAUUCCAACGAACCACCUAGAAAAGCCAGACCUCAUCAUCUGGACAUAGGCAAUUACCCCACUCAACAAUUACUGCGCUUAUUAGCUGGACUAUUACAGCAUAUAGCCACGUCAAACGACGCUUUGCGGUCGGAUACAGAUACCGAUACAGAUCAUCAGGAUCGGGAGCAUGAGGACGAGGAAGGUGGAACGGAAACAUUAAAAGAGGAGAACACUCAUGAUCAGAAUCAUCAUCCUUCAAGCUCAAGAUCAAAAUCGAGAUCACGAUCACAUUCUCGUACAUCAUCUACACAACCCUCUUAUCAAUCUUCUUCUCCUACUACAGCGUUAUUCGAUAAUAACCCCGUCCCGCUUCCUUCAACCGACCAGGAUACCAGUACGAGCACGAAUGCGGAAGACGAUCAAAGUGAAUUCCCAUUAUUCACAGCUUCCAAAUCAUCCUUAUCCCACCCUUCUUCAUUAUUAGCUUUCCACGCUCGUCACAUUCCAUCGAUAUCCAUCGAAGCGUAUCUACUGCGAAUACUGAAAUAUUGUCCUACGACCAACGAGGUGUUUUUAGGUCUGUUGGUAUAUUUCGAUAGGAUGACUAGACUCGGUACACCCCAGGGAGUAGGUGGAUCCAACGUUUUGUAUAAUCACACCAACGGAAAGGGGGAGAAGAAAAAGAAUUUCGCCAUUGAUAGUUAUAAUGUACAUCGGUUGGUUAUUGCUGGUGUGACAGUGGCUAGUAAAUUCUUUUCUGAUGUAUUUUACACCAACUCGCGAUACGCCAAAGUCGGUGGUCUACCACCUACCGAAUUAAAUUCCCUCGAAUUGCAGUUCUUGCUGUUGAACGAUUUCAGAUUGAGCAUCUCGUUGGAAGAGAUGCAGAAAUAUGGUGAUAGGCUAUUGGCAUAUGCGAUGGAACAGGAAGAGGAGCCGGAAGAGAAAGACAAGCUGGGAGUGCGAAUGGAUAGGAGUAGUGUUGAUCAGGAUACAAAUCAACAGCAGGAUAAAGAUAGUAGUGUUGAGAUAGUGAAUGGUCCCUCGUCUUCAUCGGAAUCUCACGAGAGUCCAGAUACGAAUAGGGAUUCUUCGAAGAAACCAUCAGAGUCCAGUGAGAAAGAGAAAGAAAAGGAUGUGAGAUUCAGUACGAACACGAUUGUCGAUGGAAAUACGUCGACCUCGACACAACCUCAACCUCAACCUCCACCUCCGGUCAGUGCAGGUCCAAACACGAGUACAGGGAGCGGUAUAAAAGAUUGGGUGAGAGGUGAAGAAGUGAUGGGUAGGAUGGCGAGCCCGAUGAGAGAUUAG